CUUUUUGUCUAAUCCCCAAUUGUUCAUUGUCUCUGUUUGCUUUCUUUUUCCUCCUCUUUUUCCCCACUUUUUCACACUUUACAUCUCUCCAUUUCUUUUUCAUUCUCAGGAAAAAGCUAAUACCCACUUCAAUUCCUAGACCUAAAACCAAAACCCAUUAUUUAUUUUUUCACAAAAGUAAGAAAUGGGCUUUCCUCAGGAGGAGCUUUCCUCAUCUCAUUUGGGCUAAUUUUGCAGAUCUGUGCCCUUUCAUCUCCCUCCUUUUCUGGGUGUAAGUUUGUUACAAAUUUACUUAUUCUGUCUUAGGAGUUUUGUGCAAAAAAACUUCAUCCUCCCUUUUGGGUUUUUGGAGCUUGAAGGGAAGAAGAAGCUCCUUCAGGUGGAAUUAGAUAGCAAAAAUGGCAAAUGGGUUUUUAAAAGAUUGCCAUCUUGUGCUGGGGAAACGAAACUGGGGUUUUGAAGUUGUUGUUUUCACUUUCUUUUCAUAAGAUCGAAAUCAAACACUCUUUGAGGGAUUUAGGGUUUUUUUUUUUUCUUUUUGGAUUUUCUAAUAGUAAUAGAGUAAGUAGUGGAUCUUUGAUUUGCUAGUGGCAAAGAUGAUUCAGUUAUUGUUCUUGGUUCUUUUUGCUGAGGGGGUGGUGGCGUUUCUCUUGCUGGUAAAGAUUGGGUUACUUAGAGAGUUUGUUAUAAAGAGUUUAGAUCAGCUGAAAAUGGGUAAAGGUCCAGCAACUGUGAAAACAAUUGCAGCUACCAUGUCUGUCAUUCUCUUGUCCAGUCUUAUGAACAUUGUUAAGAUCCAGAACAAAGGUGCAAAGCUUGGGACAAUGUCACCCAUGGAUCAGGUUCUUUGGAGGACACAAUUGCUUGAGGCUUCACUCAUUGGUUUUACCUUAUUCCUCGGUUUUAUAAUCGAUCGCAUGCACUAUUAUUUUCAAAAGCUUAUUGGAUUAAGAGUGAACAUUGGAACUUCAAAAGAGGAAGUACAAAGGCUACAAAAAGAGAAAACAGAGCUAGCACAAAAGGAAGAGAAAUGUUCAAAGCAAAUAAAGGAGCUGCGAGAAGAAAUAUCAGUUUUGACAGAAAACUUGAAGAAACUAAAGCAGGAAUGUGAAGAAAAAGAUAAGAGGAUUGAAACUGCUGAUGCCCAUGUAACUUCUCUCCAGAAACAAGCUGCCGAUCUACUUCUCGAAUAUGAUCGUCUUCUUGAAGACAACCAAAAUCUUCAAAAUCAAACACUAGGAGGAUACAAAAAGUGAGGAAUUUUGCAGGAUAAUUUUUCACUUAAAUGGAAUAGAUAAGGGGCAACUGGCAUUAGCAUCCCUUGUUUCUUGAAAAUGAGUUUAAUUGAGAUUGGGAAAGAAAAAAGGAAAAAAAGCGAAAUGGAGAUUGAAGAGAUUCUAUUGAUUGAUGUCUUCGUUCAAGAGUUUUUUGAUUCUCAUGAUUCUAAGGAACCUCAAAUUUGCCAUCUUUGGUGCCUUCUUAAAUGGAAAUGCCAACUUUUACUCCCAUUUUCUUCA